UGCUCGGCGCCUGAAAAAUACGCUGCGAGCGAGCUUAGCAUCAAGCUGCGGCUCGGAAAAUACCUCUCCGGUAGUGAAUCGAUCGCAAAAGAAGCGGCGCGUUUUGGUUUGAUCUCUACGGAGAGCUACAAGCUCCGCAGCUAAAUCGGGUAAAAUACCGCCCCGCCGCUCGCGCGCGCGCGACACUGAUGACACUUCCUCUGAUGACACGUCCUAACUAUCUGCUGACGCUAUGCGCUGCCGCCGCUAGUUCCGCGACAUCUCUCGCCGCGACGGGAUUGGCCUCGAACCGCACGGCUCCGCAGAGGCGCCAACUGCGCAAAACCGCGGGCGAGCACAUGGACGGCGUCAAGGCCUGGGUGCGCCAGAAGGCGAACAACGACGCGCCGGGACUCGUCGCCGAAAUCCGAGAAUUGCGAGCGACCGCCGGCGACUGCGAUUUCGACGUGAAAAAAUGCAAGCACCAGAACAACGGCUUGCCAUGCGCUCCCUUGCGGGAAGGAUGUAAGCGGCCCUGCGGCGCGUUUUCGGUGAAGUUAUACGGCGCCGCCGGCGCAACCAUUCGCGAGGGCGUGCUGAUGCACCUGUGGGGCAGCAGCGAGGCGCCGGCGGGCGGCGCGGGACGCUUCGCCCCGAAGGACAACAAGUGGCGCACGUCGCAGCACGAGGGCAGCACGUUGGCGGAUCCGCGCUGGCUCUCGAGCGCUCGGCACUACGCCAAACGUAACGCGUGGUUCGUGACGGUGCUGCGGGACCCGGUGCAGCGCGUCUGGAGCCGCUACUGGUACGACAAGGGCGGAUCUAUCAGCGAGGAGAAGUGGCUAGAUGGUAACAAAUGCGGCGGCGGCGGCCGGGGCGUGGGAAACCGAUGCCUGUCGAACUACUACGUGCGAACGUUCCGCGGGUACUCCUCCGCGGACACGUUCGGACCGGGCUACAGCAACGGCGUACCAGAAGGGGACUUGGCGAAGGCGCGGGAUGUAUUAGCUGGUGUGUUCGACGACGUCCUCAUCUCGGAGUGGUUAAGCCACCCGGGGACACUCGAGCGGCUGGGCGAGAAGCUCUGCUUUACGCCAACUAUGCGCAAGUUCCCCCGAGCUAAACGCCAAAACAAAAAGGCGACGACGGACGAGAUCCUGUCGCCGUCCUUCCUCGCCAAGAGGGCGCCGGGCGGCAAGUCGGAUAAAAAGCCGGCGGACUGGCAGCCUUCGGCAGGAUCCCAGGAGCGCGUCCGGUACAUGAAUGGUUUGGACGUGGACCUCUACGCGUGGGCGGCGGCGCGCGAGCUCGAGCGCUUGAAGGCGACCGCGGCGGCGGCGUCCGAGGGGCUGCCCGUGCCGGGGGAGACGUGGGCUGGCGUGGAGGACUUCUGAUUUGGUUCCCUGUUAAGAGUGUUGAGUGUGUA